UUAGUUUCCCCAUGUAUAGUAUAGCUGCUUAUAUGUAUGAAUGAACCAGAAAUGGUAUAGUUCCACCGCAAAAUGUGCUCCAUUUGAUCCGUCUCAGGAACCGCUCCGUUUGCGCUCGGUCGUUGAGUGACUGCUUAGGAACUUCUUUGAUUCUAAAUAUUUUUCCAAUUUGUUCAUCAAUUAAUUUUAAUUAAUUUAUAAAACAAUUGCGAAUAUAUUGUGUUAAAUUCUUGAAUGGCUUGGAUAGAUGGACUACAUUUUGCAAUCAGGAACUACGAUCUCUGGCUCAGUUUAGAAACAGCGUACGCAUCAUCAGUUUCCCUAUGCACAAUGCAAAGGAUAUCCAUUUCUUUUUGCUGAGACUCCUUGAAACUUUCAUUUUAGGAGGCAGUAACGACAGCAGAUUCAAACCUGCAGUAUUUACAAAUAAUUGAGGAGCCAUGUUUGGCUCUUGAGCAAAUUCAAGCGCCAAUGGACGCGCUCCCUUUAAUACCUCAGUUACUACACUCCUUCAAGAUUAUACGGGAUCAUUCGCCUCAUUACAACUCUCCGGCGAACCCCAAGAAUCCACUCAUAAACGCGGAAAAUGCGGAGCUUUCCUCGCGGGCCGGCUGUUCCACCGUGCCCACCGGUUCCAGCCCUGCCAGGUUCCCCAUUGAGGACAGUGCGGGAGAUCCCAUCUUGACCAUUGCCGAUGAGGACAACUUGGCCGGAUCUACCGCCCAUCCCCCCCGCUCCACCAUCUCCGCCGUCGCCUCCAUCGAUGCAGUUGAAACCGCUGACGGAGCAAUGAACGUCGAAGCUUUUGGUGCCGAUAGUGGCCCAAAACCCUGUGUCAUCCCAGCAGUGACUGUCGGACACGAGGUUGUCAGAUUCCGAGAUCAUGCCCCACUCCGGGGUGGUUCCCGCGGCGCCUGCCCCGCCGUCGCCGCCAUCUUGGCCGGGCCCCCCCGUGCCCCCGAUGGAGAAAAUGUGGAGCAACCUCCCGUUGAUAAUCCUCUCUGCGAUGCCGAGAAAGCUUCCGGCGGGGGAGCCGUCCGCCCCAUCGGCGCCAUUUUCUCCUGUCUCCGUUUCACUCUUCGCCUUCGUCAAAUACCCGGCGACGGACUGGAUGAUUUUCGCGUCGGACACAGUUUUCCCUCCAGAUUUGUGAUUCUCAACUUUGGUGACCACAAGCGCGAUGCUGUCCUGGAGCUUGUCGAGAUUUUUGACCAUGGUGACGGCGUGUUCGGCGAGCUCCAUGAAGUCAUUCCUGUCCUGCCCGAUCCUAACUGCAGAAUAGCCCACGGUGAAAAGCACGAGAAGAUGAGUCAGCUGUGCCGAGCACUGAGCAAUCAGGUCAUCAUCUCAUGUAGGAAUUUAAUAGACCUGAGCAUUCUUUUUGAAGGAAGGACACGAUCUAGUAUGAAAAUCUUCCAAGAAUGCAUCCGAUGCUGUUCCACAUACAAAUCCAUGUACAAUAAGGUGAAACUUACCAACGACGCAACAGGAGACUCGCAAUGGAACUCAGAUUUGAAAAUAAUCCUCAACAGUGUCGACACCUUCAUGGAAAGAUGCCAAGAAAUGAUUGAGCUCUGUGAAACUAUGCUGAUUUAUGGCAGACUUGACGAGACGCAAGAUGUGCCGAAACCCACAUUUGGAUUCACCCGCGGGGCGGAGUUUGAGAAAGUGUGCGAUAAAAUCGAGGAUUUAUUUCACGAGAGUUUUUCAAAAGUCGAGCAGGUGCAAGACUGUAUUUUAGACGUGCAAUCCAGUGACUGGUAUCGGGAAAUGAACAGAUUCCGUAAGGAUAUGAAAAAAAUUGAUACUAUCGCAGAAAACCUAAUUCUGGAAAGUUUCAAUAUGGUGAAAAAUGUCGAAGAAGGGCUACUCACACUGCAAAGCCUUUACGAAUACUCAAAGAGGCCCUCGUUGUUUAAUGUCAUUGAAAAGAAAACGGCGAUGGUUUAUAAGAUGUUCUGGGACGAGCUACAAGAGGCAAAACUAAGUUUACUAUCAGAAAAAAACUCUUACGCGAGGUUAAUGCCAAAGUACGCAGGGAGGGCCUGGACAUCUCUAGUCAAGAAAACACAGUUGAAGUCACUGUAUGAUUUGUUUCAAGAAAAAUUGUGGCUUCCGAAGGUGACGAUCGCGGUAGAGAUCGAAUCACUAUAUCAGGACGUUAUUCAAACCUUCGACGAGGCGAUCCUUAGCAAUUACAAGAGGUGGUUGGAAGUUGCCGAGUCAAAAAUAGGAGUUCGGCUAAAACGUAGCCUAAUCUGCAGGAGCCUCCAAAAACCGGGACUCCUCGAGGUCAACAUCGACCGGAAACUCCUCUACGUCUUCAGCGAGGCGAAACUGUGGGUGGACAUGGGCUUCCCCAUUCCCAACGAAAUGAGCCAACUUGUAGCCCGCAGAAACGAACUCACGUUGCUUUACAGGAACGUGGAGACUUGUGUUCAAAACUACAAUCGCGUGAUGGCGAGUCUAUCCGAUUCGGAGCGGGUCCUCUUCCGGGAUCUGAUCCGCGGCCAAGACAGGGAGCUGAGCGUCUGUUGGAGGAUGUCGUGGGCGAGCGAGGCGGCCAGCGCCCGGGUCCUCGUCUCCACGGAGCAGCUCCAGGAGCUCCAAUCCUUCAUCGACGACUACAAGACGCACAACGUGAGAAUCGUCCGCCUUUGCGAGCGGAUCUGCGCCACGGCCUUGGUCCACGUGGAGAUGAAGCUCUACGAGCUGCAUCAUCUCGUUGCACAGGUUCAAGCUUGCAGGUUCACGGCCAUGGCUCAGCUCAUCAGGAACUACAACAAAAUAUUCAAACGCUUGCGAUCCCUUUUUGAGGGCUUCAAAAACCCCACGCGGGCGACGAUGUUCCAUUUCAUGCAGUACGUGGAAAAGAUCGACACCGUUUUAUUGGAAGCUUUCAGAUUGUGCGUGAAGAAUUCGAUGCAAAAAAUAUUAAGCUAUCUAAGAGGGGAUUUGAUCAAAGGACCAAAACCGUUCGUCGUGUUGUACUUGACGCUAAGUAAGGAAAAUGAGGUGGAAUUCAUACCAUCACUUACGGCGUGUUGUUCUUUUCUCCGGAACAUUUUUUACGACCUCCUCAUUUCAAUUAAAGUAAUUCCAAGGCUUGCUACGAAAUUCAACCCGGCAGCUAAAGUUGAGCCUUAUGCAGCUCGAAUCGCACGGGACAAGGAAAGCACACGACUUCAAGUUCAAGUUGAGAGGGAAAUUCAGAAACUUGUGUCUGAGGUCGACAUCCACGUCCAGAAAUGGGCUCCUCUCGAGGACAUCUGGUCUGUAGAUAAAGAUAUCUUCAUGAAAAACUACGAAAAAAGCAACCCAUGCGCUGACACUUAUGAGACUGACAUCAACCGCCACAAUUCAUUGAUGGAGACGAUUGAUUCUGCGCCCGACAGAGGGCAAGUAUACUUCCUCCUGAUCGAUUCCGUGCUGCUGAAACGGGGCCUGACGGAACACUGUGCUGACUGGAAAUCCCGACUUUUGGAACUUCUUUUUCAAACUACCUCCGCAGCGAUCACUCGCACCCACGACUACGCCACAAGAAACAUCGCCCGCAUUACAACGAAACCUCGCUCAGCCACUGAAAUACUCGACUCAAUCAAGACGCACAAGCAACUGAUGUCGGAGCUGGAGGUGAUGAAGCUGCGAUUCGUGACGAUCGAGAGCAACGUAAGGGUAUACCUGAAGGUGGCGAAAAGUAUACCGGGGGCGCUGCUCGAGCAGAAGGGCGCCAUGGAGGAGGCCUGGCGGGACUACGAGCGAAUCCUCGGCGAGAUCAACGCCGUCCUCAACGACUCUGCCCAACAGACGAGCAAGCUUCUCUUCGAGCGGGGUCGUGCCCGAGAGAAGGAUACCCGCCCCUACUUAGAAAACGUACUCUCGGAUCCAACAUUCACUGACCAGUGGAACGUCGAGGAUGCCUCUAAGUACUUGAACGAAGUCCUCUCUCAACUCCAGCGCAUUUAUAGAGACUUGGAAAAAGCCUAG